UUCACCGCUGGAGGCAGUAACGGUCGCUAACGUCUUGGCGCAUGCGCAGUGGCGCUUCGCACAACCGCAAUAAGCAAACAUGGCGGCGGCCGUCGACAGUGUUGUGAAAGUGCUGGGAGAGCAGUAUUACAGAGAUGCCAUGGAGCAGUGUCAUAGUUACAACGCUCGUCUGUGUGCUGAGCGCAGCAUCCUCAUGCCUUUCCUGGACUCUCAGACUGGUGUGGCGCAGUCCAACUGUUAUAUCUGGAUGGAGAAGAGACACCGGAGCGCAGGUGUCGCUCCAGGGCAGCUGUACACCUACCCAGCCCGUCGCUGGAGGAAGAAACGGCGUUCUCAUCCCCCUGAGGACCCCCGGUUGGCUUUCCCUCCCCUCAAAGCAGCAGAUUUGGAACUGGGUCUGAAGCGUGACGCGUUAGGGGCGGUGGAUGGCAGCAGCCUGGAAGCCCUGCUGAAAGGGGAGCCCCUCGACAGGAGGAGCGGCGUGUCGGAGCUCCGCGGCCCCGAGGAUGACACGGCCACCGUGGAGCCUCCCGCCACGUCGACGGCCACUCACACGUCCUCUGGGCGCAUCCGCAAGAGAGUCCUGGAUCACGAUGACUACCUGGAUGACCUUGACGAUGAAGACUUUGAGGAUGAGACUCCCAAGAGACGAGGCAAGAGCAAGUCCAAGGGUCGCAGUGACAAGAAUGGCAAGAAGAAAACGGAGGCUGCAGCUGCAGCGCUGGAGGAGAGGGACAAACCUUACGCCUGUGACAUCUGUGGGAAGCGCUACAAGAACCGUCCUGGCCUGAGCUACCACUAUACACACUCUCACCUGGCCGAGGAGGAGGGCGAGGACCGCGAGGAGAUCGAGGCACCACCCACUCCUCGCCAGCCUGAGGAGCAGAAGACUACUAAGAAGGGUCCCAACGGGCUGGCGCUGCCCAACGAUUACUGUGACUUCUGUCUGGGAGACUCCACCUUAAACCAGAAGACUGGCCAAUCAGAAGAACUGGUGUCCUGCUCAGACUGUGGACGUUCAGGCCACCCAACAUGCCUGCAGUUCACACCUGUGAUGAUGGCAGCGGUGAAGACCUACCGCUGGCAGUGCAUUGAGUGCAAGUGCUGCAAUGUCUGUGGCACCUCAGAGAAUGACGACCAGCUGCUGUUCUGUGAUGACUGUGACCGAGGUUACCACAUGUACUGUUUAACUCCCCCCAUGACUGAACCACCCGAGGGGAGCUGGAGCUGCCACCUGUGCCUGGCUCUGCUGAAGGACAAGGCCUCCAUAUACCAGCAGAACCAGAGCUCCGCCCCUGAGUGACAUCACAUCAGCAAGUCCCACCCCCUCAGCACCGGGACCCCAACCCCCCCUCCGAUCGAUAACGUCAGACCUCCUUCUCAGUUCAGAGCGCCAGCCUCUGUCCAGAUGUAGCUGAGCCAGAUUGCAGAUCAGCUUUAGAAGUCUUCAUAUCUACAGCGUCAACAGGGGGGACUCAAAACCAAAACAGACCUCAGAUCAGUCAACAUGGGGAUCAAACCAUCACUACCAACCUGCCUGCAAAGUCCCAGAGGCUUGCCGUGAAAACACAUACAUACUGUUGCGUACACACACAGUACUGACAUACACUCUCUCCUGGACUGUUACACACAUACAUACACUAGUUACAGAGACAGAGAGCAUGCAGUAACCAUAGUAACUGCUUUCUCCAUGGGAGCUCCCAGGAGCAAACGGAUUAGCAUCACACGCUAAUUAUCUGCACCCUGUCACACUCAAAGACACAGUGUGGACAGUCGAGACAACACAGUUUUUUUUUCUGUCAAAUUAUCUAUUUUUACUCCCUGAAUGUGGGAAAAAGAAAACUUCACCACGUAUAUGGUCGAAGAAAAUUAUUAUUAUUAUAUUAUUAUUAUUGUUAUUGUUCUAGUGGACUUUUGUAGUGGCAUUUUGUCCGUGUACUUUUGUCUGAUCCAUUGCAGCGUUUAUCUUUCGAAGAGGUUUCCCUUAGGGGAGCCGGUCAGUGCCAAGGUCCAUCAUCAUAUGAAAUACAGUGACCCACAGAGCUCAUCACACUCACUCAAACCAGCUUGUUUCAUUUUAAAUCAGCAGGACAAAGACUGAGGCUUUGACUCGUUAAGCUGUUAGCACAAAAUCUUUGGCCUUGCUACUUGAGGGUUGCACCAAAAUCAGCUUUUCAUCAGUGAUUCUAUUACUGGAUAGAUGAGUUAGUUUAACCGAACACUAAACAACCGAGCACAUAUGUACUGUAGGUCGGGCUCAUGAGAUAAACACUUUCAGUAUAAUGUCAUUUUUAAUAUUAUUUCCCUGUCAGACAGACAUAACGUACUCUUAUUUUGAAAAAUCUGAGUCAGACCGUCGGUCGCACUAAGUCCACUACACCAAACUAGUAACGAUAGAGGUGCAUCCGUUUUACAAAGACGUUUUCGUGGUAGCUUUUUAGAAACUGUUUGGCAGAGACGUCGUCCCUCACAAGUGAUUGUAAACGGCUGCUGUCAAACCCAUGACACACUGCAUCAUUAACAAACUGUAGCUGCUUUUAUCAUUUGUCACACUGAGGCAGAUUUGCAUGCAGACUGCACCUGUAUGAAUGCACACACACUCACAUCACAAGUGUUUUUUUUUUUGUUGUUGUUGUAUUGUUUGUAUUUUUUUUUUUAACAUUUUAUAUUACCUGAUAAUCCAUUGGUAUUGGGAGUUUUUUCUAGUAGAAUUUUGUAAAGUCUAUCGUAUAGCAAACACUUCAAGUAUAUAUAGCUCCUAAUGCAUUCUAUGUACUGUAUUGACUUUUUCUAUUUUUGUUAUGACUGUGACAUGUUUGAAUUUAUUUGAUUAUUCUGAUAUGUCAGACCUCCAUUAUGAGUAUUUGUAAAAUGAUGUACUUUGUUGUACUAUUUUUAUUUUUUCAUUUCUUUGGUAUCGAAGCCAAUUUAGCCUGACUGAAAUAAAAAUCACUUUGAAUUA